UUCCCAAAACCAAUUCACGCCAUUCCGGCGGGAAAAAGGAAGGGCGGGCGAACGAACGAAGAACCGCGAAAUGGCGGGAACGAUCCCCGGCGCGGAAAUAUUAAUCCGAGAAAACCUAGAGAGUAGGAGCGCUUCGGCCUAGUUCCUCUCUUUCUUUCACGGCAAGCAAGCGAUCCCUCACCCCAUCUCCAGCUCUAGUUUGGCUCCGAGGCCACGCAGGCAUGGGGAGGAAGAAGAAGGAGGAGGAAUCUAGGGCUCCUCAGGACGACGCAGAGGAGAUGAACGACGGGGAUCGCGCGGAGUCUUCCGCGGCUGGGAUGAGCUUGUACGAGAUUCUUGGUAUGGAAAGGACAGCAACUCAGCAGGAAAUAAAGAAGGCAUACUAUAAGUUGGCCCUGCGACUCCAUCCUGAUAAGAAUCCUGGUGAUGAGGAAGCCAAAGAAAAAUUUCAGCAAUUACAAAAGGUGAUCUCGAUUCUAGGUGAUGAAGAGAAACGGGCAUUAUAUGAUCAGACUGGCUGUGUCGAUGAUGCUGACCUUGCAGGGGAAGUCGCUCAGAAUCUGCAUGAGUACUUUAGAGCUGUAUACAAGGUGGUUACUGAAGCAGACAUCGAAGAGUUUGAGGCAAACUAUAGAGGUUCUGAUUCUGAAAAGAAUGAUCUGAUUGAUCUGUACGAGAAAUUCAAGGGUAACAUGAACAGACUUUUCUGUUCGAUGCUCUGCUCAGAUCCUAAGCUUGAUUCCCACCGCUUUAAGGAUAUCAUCGAUGAUGCAAUAGCAGCAGGAACGUUGAAGACAACCAAGGCGUAUCAGAAGUGGGCAAAGCAAAUUUCUAAAACUGAACCACCUACAGAUCCUCUUAGAAAGAGGGGGAAAGCGAAAAAGAAGUCAGACGAUCUUCUCACAAUUAUAUCUCAGCGCCGAAGUGAAAGAAAGGAGCAUUUUGAUUCCAUGUUUUCAUCUCUGGUGAAUAAAUAUGGUGGGGGAACGCAGGGUUCAGAACCCAGUGAAGAAGAAUUUGAGGCUGCAAGAAAGAAACUUGAGAGCCGGAAGUCUGCCAAAAAGUCCAGGCAGAAAUAACAGGAACAUGUGAUGUAGCUCUCUAUUGGAUUAACCCCAUGUAUAUAGCUUUUGUUGCUUUGAGCACUCUCUUAUGCUCCUAAUUUAUGUCGCCAAAAUUGGUGUGCGUUUUCAGAUGACAGUUGCUCAAUGCACUCUCGUUUGUUUGCCUGUUUUUCUGGCAGUGCAAGAACUAGAUUUGUCGUAAUACUGGAAAUUUGUCCGAUAAAGUAUUUAUUAGUGCAAAAUAGGUGGCCUCUCUGAGCAACUUUUGGCA